AUGGCAGAACCAACGAAAGGUCAUAAACGGAAGCGAAGCCUCCAAGAUACACCGGUAGAUCUCAGCAAGAUGAGAAUGGCCAGACAGCGCCUCGCUGCUCUCAAGGAAGAAUUAGCAGAUAUCCAGGAGACAGAGGACGAAUUGGCGGCAUUGAUGGAGCACGUAAACGCGCUAGAAGUCAUUCUCAACGCUGCGAAGAAGCCAAAGCUGAGCUUUUCGUCGACGACACAGACUGAUCUCAAAAAACUUGGAGUGGUCCAGAAACGGCUAUUCCUCAUCCCGGAUAGCGUCGCUAGCCUGGCGGAGAAAAUGACACCUUUCGCCAUCCAGGAGUGUGGGAACCUUCAGACACGAAUCCUGGAAAUCUACGAGCAUGUAAACAUGGAUUAUGAACCUGGCUCCCGCAUGAUCCUCGAUGCGGUCCUGUUGUCGUUUGCGAAGAUCGCUUCGCAAGAACGACCGAACCAAGGUGUCGCCAUUCUCCCUGAAAUGAGGAUAGCUACAGGGGAAGGAGUACAGAUCGUCAAUCCAGUCUCUCAGUAUGAGUUAUGGUUGACAGGGAAUGUGGAUUACGCUGUCAUGCAAUAUUUAGACGAGUGGGAUAACAAAGAAAGGCUACUCGGCGAUGAUACUUGCAGAGACUUUGCGCUCGAGGUUACUGAGGGUCGUCUUUUCCUUGUGGAGGCCAAACGUCUCAGAGGUGAACCUUUGUCUUCCUUCUUGCCUGAGGCGGUUAGUCAAGCCAUAGCACUGUCGAAACUCACUACAUGCGACGUCAUCCGUUUCUGCCUUUCGAACGGUCAAGCAUGGAUAUUUUGCAUCCUGAAGAAGGAUCAGAACGAAGAUAAAUGGAUCUACUACCAAGCAACUGCUCGUUCUCUUUCCAGAGACCAUGUACAGACCUCCGAUCGUGCGGUGCGCGAAAUUAUUCAGCUGGUGUCCGAAUGGCUGGUCCCUACAGAUGGUUUAGAGUUGUAUAAGCUCAUGGGUUGA